AUGCGACUAACACUGUCGGCCAUUUUACUGUUCGCCGCCAUUUUGUCGUGCUCGGCGCAGGCGCAGUAUCCUCGUCCCCGCCGCCCGGAGCGCUUCGACACCGCCGAACAGAUAUCCAACUAUCUCAAAGAACUACAGGAAUACUAUUCUGUUCAUGGGAGGGGAAGAUAUGGAAAGCGGCAAAUGCACAUAGCCGAUGCGUCGGUCAUUUUCCGGGAAAGCCCGUUCUUCGAGCACAGCCUCAACGAAGACGGCCUUCUCAAGAAAUUCGGUUAUAAAUAA